CUGCACUAUGAGACCCUCCUGGGUAGCAGAGUUUGUGUCCACAUCGCAGCAGCUGCCUGGGCCUGUGGGGUUCUCCAUGGUCCGCUGUACACAGCCAAUACAAUUUCCCUGCCCCUCUGCCAGGGCAAAGCUGUGGAGCAGUUCUUCUGUGAAAUCCCCCAGAUUCUCAAGCUCUCCUGCUCCACAUCCUACCUCAGGGAACUUUGGGUAAUUGUCAUUGGUGGGUCCUUAGCAUUUGUCUGUUUUGUGUUCAUUGUGGUGUCCUAUGUGCAGAUCUUCAGGGCAGUGCUGAGGAUCCCCUCUCAGCAGGGACGCCACAAAGCCUUUGCCACCUGCCUGCCUCACCUGGCUGUGGUCUCCCUGUUUGUCAGCACUGUCUUCUUUGCCUACCUGAAGCCUCCCUCCAUCUCCUCCCCAUCGCUGGAUCUGGUGGUGUCAGUUCUGUACUCAGUGGUGCCUCCAGGACCCGAUUCUGCGGGUACUCUGAGCCGUGUCGACGGGGACGACAGUGGAGACCGCACCCGGGAAUUACGGGUGAGCCGACCGCGGAGGAAGGCUCGGGUGGGCCAGCCUUUGCGGGCCGAUAUUAGCAGACCUGGGAAAAGCGUCGGCAGGCAGAAUCGGCGGGCCGAUGGCAGCUUGGGUGGGCCAGUAUCGGCGGACCUGAGGAAAAGGAUUGGCGGGCUAGACUUGGCGGGCCGGUGGUAA